GGGUAUACUCUUGCGCAUUGGAAGCAUUCCGAGGGGACUCCUAACCUUUUUUGGGAUCCUUUUUUUUUUUUCCUUAUUUUGCGUCACGCUGCAGUAACGUUGCGGCGCUGUUCCACCUACAUGGUUGCAACGUAUAUGCCAUUUUUUCCCACCGCGUAAAAAAAAAAAAACGAUAAACUGAGAACGACAUGGAUUAGGCUAAAAGGGAAAAGUGCAGCUGGGAAGUUUGUGCCAGACCGGAGGUGGGGGUGCCCUUCGUGUGGACGUAUCUGCGAGCAGCGCGAACUGUUAGCCGCUCUAUUGCCGCUCUAACCUGGGGUUACGGCUGGAACGCCCACCCCUACUCUCGUCAGCAGUUUGGCCGCUCCCCCCCCGGCAAUGAAAGCGCGGGGCAUUUUUCGAACCCCCCAGGGUAUUCGUCUUUAUGCGUCAACAUGGCAAGUGCCCCAAUUUUUCAUACGCGGAUCACAGAUAGGGAAUACUCAAAUGAGUGAGGCGGCGGAAGAAGCAAAUGACCAGAGGAAGCUUCCCCAUUGGAGUGGAAACACACCACUUGGCAACCUUCAGGGUGCAAAAGAGGGGGACUUCUUCGAGAGACUCAUCAGGAUUUACGUGGACGUCAUUUUUAACUGCGGCAGAUAUCCCCCGCAUGUCCAGCACUUGCACAUUUUGGGUCGAAGCCUCCUGAUGGACAAGGUACUCAACGUGCGAAGCAGCAAAAGUCACCAGAAAAAGCUGCUAAACUGUGAGGAGAGCCAACCGUCCGAAAAUAUGAAUGAAUAUAUGGUGCGUUUAAAUGAUGCGGCAUUACGAAGGGAACAAUUAACAGACGAUGGGAAGAGGGAAGUAAUAAAAAAAGUGAAAAACAUUUAUAAUCACAAAAAUGUAUUGUAUGCAUUAUUUACCCUACAGCACAAGAGGAUUUUGUUUAAUUUUUCUGAGCACUUGUUUUUAAAGCAUGUUGAGAGUUGCCUUUUAAACUCCGCCGUCAGCAGCAGGAUGGACGUCUAUCGGUACAUCAGACGGUUUGGGGUGGACAACGUUUGCCUUUACAUCUUCGAAUACGCUGACCACCUUCACGUUUUGAAGAAGCGCCAUGCGGUUCUUAAGGGGUUGUUCUUCGGGGGGUCACACAUGUGA